AUGUUCGAAGAUGAUCCACCACCACUGCCUUCACCUCCACCUAUCGAAAGCUCAUGUGACAAUACCUUUGCUGAUUUAAACGAUCAUAAUCGCUUUACUGCUGUUGCGGAUGAUGAUUACGACGGGAAUAAUGCAGAAUUUUGUUUGCAUAUGCCAGUCGUACUUCAAAAUGAAUCAGAUUCAAAAUUUAUUAAUUCUCAGACGGCAACGCCUCAGAGUGAGUCUACCAAAGCAAGCAAAAUUCCAGAUCGAAGUGAGAAUGUUGUUAUUAAAAUUCUAUCACAUAACGAUUAUGACGAGCAGCAGAAUCUUUCAUCUUCUUCUUUGCAGUCUCGAUCUUCCCAGUUUGCUCAAAUUUCUGAACCCCAAGAUAUAUCGCCUGACGUUUCAGGCUGUUUUGGGGAUUCAGAUGUGAUAAAAAGCUCCUUUAUGGUUCAUUCUGUUCAGGAAGAUAGAACUACCGGUGAUGGACCAUAUGGUAUGCCAAGUUUCAUAAAAGAGAGGAAGGACUCGAUUUCAACUGAAAAUACGAAAGACCAGACAAAAGACAGUUCAGAUUUAGAAAUUAUCGAUUCGAUUGAUAAAAAUAAAGGAAUAAUUGCGCAAAGCGUUUCCGAAUACAAUGAAGACGAUGACGAAUUUGGUGAUUUCGAAAAAUUUACCAAGGCGGAGAAAAAUCAGAAAAGUGAAAAUGAUAAUUGGGCAGAUUUCGAAUCUUCUUCAUUGCCUGAUUUUGAUAUGAAAAAUAAGUCAAUUAGAGCUAUUGCAUCUUCAGAAGCAGAAUUGCAGUUUACCGCUGAAACUCCACUGUUACCGGAACUUCUAGAAAAUUUACGGGAUGAUCAGCUGUGGAAAACAAUCACUAAAGAAGAAGAAAACAAUAACGAGCAUGAUAUUCCCGUUAAUGGAGUAUAUGAAACAUUAAGUAAUGCAAUAAGUAGAAACAGCAAGGACAGACCAGAUGAAAUGAUAUGGAUAGCAGUAAGCAUUAUUGAGGAAGCGCUAGCGCUAAAACUGCAGUGGCAUGAUUCAUCGAUCCGGAGUUGUUUUUUACAUUCACUGGAUGUUGAUGUGAAUAAGACUCUUAUUCGAAACUCAGACCUCCCUCUAUUUGCGCAACAGCUUGAAGAAAGUACAGUUCUUGCACCUGCUUCUGUGGUGAAAGACUGCGUUGGAAUUACAUUGAUGGAUGAAAAAAAUUCGUUGCCACAGUCAAAUUCGUCUGACUUUUUAUCUCAUAGAGGUAUUGAAAGGUCUUCAGUCAGUCAGCAGGCGCCUUCAAGAUCCAUUACUAUUGAUUCAUUGGCCGUUCCACCAGUGCAGUUUGACUGGAAUAAUUCCGGUCUAACAAAUCCUCUCAAAACUGGAUCAUUAAGUGUAUCAUCUGCAUCGCUAGACUUGGAUUUCUUGGUAUCCACAAAUAGUAAAGGCUCAGCUGGUAAUGGUUCGCCAACGAUGCAGGUAUUCUCAACGCUGCAGAAGGAUUUGACUGCGUUUGGCCUAAAUUUGCCGGAUAAUGUCGAGAAGAGCAAAACUGAAAAAGAUAUUUCAAGCAACACAUCAAUUGUAUUGGAUUACAUGCUGAACAAAAAUGGUGAUAAACGAAAAUAUAAGCCAGUGAGCGAACUUUCACUUGAUGCUCGGGCUCUUCAUGACCGGUUGCCAGAUCUCGACUAUAUGUUAUCCAAUGUUCUACUUUUUCCUGUCGUUGAUCGUUAA